AUGUAUAAGGAAGCACAGUCAGGAGGGAAGGAUAGAACAAAAAGAACACAAGCAGAUGGUGUGAGGCAGACUUGGAAACCCCCGGAUUGGCCUUUUUCUAAAGUUAACUUCGAUGCAGCUUUUGAUCAAGACAAAGGAAGUAUGGGUUUGGGAGUAGUAGUAAGGGAUUCUGAAGGAGAAUUGUUGGGAUGGGAUGCCAAAAACGUUGUAGAUGCGGUGAAUUCAAAUCAAGAGGACAGCUCUUGGUUAGGACAGGUGAUAGAGGACCUGCAACAUGUCAUGGCAGCUAAUCCAGAGUGGGUCUUAGAUUUUGUUCACAGGAGUGCUAAUGUAGGUGCACACAUUGCUGCAAAACUAGCUGUUAAUGUGGCUAGUGAAGUAGUUUGGCUGGAAGAUGGCCCUGCUGUAAUCAAAAGAGUCAUUUUGGAUGACUUAAUCUGUAUUGCUCGUAAUGAGCCUCCUCUAUGA